GUACUCCUCUCCCGCCCCGUUUCUCUCCUUCUCCCUAGUCCCUACAUCGCCAGUCUGCUUCUGUUGUCUCGGCGGAUUGUUGGUUUGGGGAGAAAGGAUAUCGCGAGUGUUGGAGUUUUGGUGAGAGUUUGUGGAAGAUGGCGCCUGUUGUGACAGGGAAGUUUGAGGAGCGCCCUCAACCACAGCGCUUAACAAGGGAAGCGAUGCGGAAUUACCUGAAGGAGCGAGGAGACCAAACUGUCCUGAUCCUGCAUGCAAAAGUUGCACAGAAAUCUUAUGGCAAUGAAAAAAGGUUCUUCUGUCCUCCCCCGUGUGUGUACCUGAUGGGCUCUGGCUGGAAGAAAAAGAAGGAGCAAAUGGAGAGAGACGGCUGCUCGGAGCAGGAGUCUCAGCCCUGUGCCUUCAUAGGGAUAGGAAACUCUGACCAAGAGAUGCAGCAACUCAACCUAGAGGGAAAGAACUAUUGCACAGCCAAAACCUUGUACAUAUCAGACUCCGACAAGAGAAAGCACUUCAUGCUGUCCGUCAAGAUGUUUUACGGCAACAGCACAGACAUCGGCGUCUUCCUCAGCAAGAGAAUCAAAGUCAUCUCCAAGCCCUCCAAAAAGAAGCAGUCCCUGAAGAACGCAGAUCUGUGUAUUGCAUCGGGGACCAAGGUGGCCCUGUUCAACCGGUUGCGGUCCCAGACGGUCAGCACGCGCUACCUACAUGUGGAGGGGGGGAACUUUCAUGCCAGCUCCCAGCAAUGGGGUGCCUUCUACAUCCACCUGUUGGAUGACGAGGAGUCCGAAGGAGAGGAGUUCACUGUGAGAGAUGGCUAUAUCCACUACGGACAAACGGUCAAACUGGUCUGCUCUGUCACCGGGAUGGCCCUGCCACGACUGAUCAUCCGUAAAGUGGACAAGCAGACGGCCCUGCUGGAUGCAGACGACCCCGUCUCCCAGCUCCACAAGUGUGCCUUCUACCUGAAGGACACAGAGCGCAUGUACCUGUGCCUUUCCCAAGAGAGGAUCAUCCAGUUUCAAGCCACUCCAUGCCCAAAGGAACCAAACAAAGAGAUGAUCAACGACGGAGCGUCCUGGACAAUCAUCAGCACGGACAAGGCUGAGUAUACCUUCUACGAGGGCAUGGGCCCCGUCCACUCGCCUGUCACCCCCGUGCCUGUGGUCGAGAGUUUACAGCUAAACGGUGGUGGGGACGUGGCCAUGCUGGAGCUGACGGGACAGAACUUCACUUCAAACCUGAGGGUCUGGUUUGGAGACGUCGAGGCAGAGACCAUGUACAGGUGUGCGGAGAGCAUGCUGUGCGUGGUGCCUGACAUCUCUGCCUUCCGCGAGGGCUGGCGCUGGGUGCGGCAGCCGGUGCAGGUGCCCGUCACGCUGGUGCGAAACGACGGGAUCAUCUACUCCACCACACUCACCUUCACCUACACGCCGGAGCCCGGGCCGCGGCCGCACUGCAACGCCGCCGGAGCCAUCCUGCGGGCGGGCAGCGACCGCCUGCUCACGGCUAGCAGCAACAUCGCUAACAACAGCGACGCUAACAACACCUACGGCCCCAACGGCUCCAACGCAGGAGUCACGUCCUCUUCCACGGCCGCCACUGUGGUGUCCUAACACACACACACAUACACUUAUACACACAAUAUGCCUUGAGAGCAAAACGUACCACAUGGUAAGAAAAGACUACAAAGUAAACUGACUCUCUAAAAGUGCUGCAUAUUGAUUUUGGAUACAAGAAAAAGAAGCUGAAAUAGGAAAUUGGUUGGACAAAAGGGAGGAAGAGGAGGAAUUCGAAGGAAAGAACGAUGUCAAAAGUUGUCAACCAACGGAAGUAAGCGAAACUGUGUGGAACUCCUCGCCGCUACCAUCUUGUCUCUGGUGUUGAAGCUGUGGAAUAAGUUCCUAUUGGCUCAGAGCACCAGCGCCUUUGACGGCCGUGAGAAAAUCGAUACCACAACAGCGAUGCAUCCGCCACAUGUAUAAAAUGUUAACAUAAAAGGAUAGUUUUUGUGCUUUUUUCCCGCCCCCCCCCUCUGAUAAUUGUUUUCCUCCUUUGUUUUUAUAUGUUGCGUUAGUUUGUGUAUGUUUCUGUAAAGGGGGCGAGAUGUAUCGUUGUUGGAGGGAGAGCGAGGAGUGGGUAUAGAGGGACACAUAUAAAAACGUGUUGAUGAUAACAUCGUUUUUAUGGACCAAGGAUCUUGUAUAAGCUUUAGUAAAGGUACAUUUUCUCCAUACCUUUUUUUGUAUGAAAUAUAUAGUACACUUUUGUUACCAAAUAGUUUCUAUUCUCACCCUCCUAGCUUUGGCCUUUUUUGGGGGGGCCAUAUCCCGACCUGGCUUGUGUAUUAUAGCUACCCUUAUCGCCGUCAAACGCCUGCUCCCCCCCCCCCCCCUGGUCUUUUGGACGGAACGUUCCAUUUUUUGAUACUUUGCUCUCUAAAAAAAAAUGACUAAAGUCUGGGGAUUUCUUUUCGUCUUGUUUACCUAACCGAAGGUUCGGUUUGUGUUAGGAAGUCACCUCAGCAGGCCUCAUUUUGGAUUCUCAUUGGUUUUUAUGAAGUCUUUAAAAAGGAAAGCUUUAAGCAACGCCUCUGCCUUGUCUGCAAUACUCUCUGUGUGCUACUAGCUACGUUUCCGUUGGAAAUGACAUGUCUGUACAUCACACAAGGAGCCAUAGCGAAGUCUGCAGAAUUCUUCCAUUUUAUUUCAAACUUAAAAAAAAAAAAAACUAGACUUCCACUACCAGUUACAAAAUAGUUUUGUCGCUUCAACAUGCAUUUUAUGAUUCUAGUCAUCAAAUUGAAAAGGUAGCCUUAGAACUGUAUAUUAUUACUGUGCACACAGUCAGAAGAAAUCGUGUCGUGUAUCCCAUGUUGAGAUCAUGCCGCUGUAUUGGUCGCCACAGAAGUAUCUGACGACGUCUUGGAAUCUGUCGGCCCGUAUACUGUCUCACCGGGCCUUGGUGUCUUCCUGUGUGUAGUUCUCGUGGUAUUUAAAACUUCCAUUGUUUUGAGAAAACGGAAAAGACAGACACUUCCAAUUCGAUGUGGCCUUACCGCUGACUUAAAUGUCAAAGAGAACCGUUACCCUUCCAACGACCUGCCCUUUCCAUUCACGUAAAAAAACCAGCCCGUCUUAUCACCACUCGUUAAGUUGUUUCAUUGGACUACAUUACCCAUAAUGCUCCAAAUCCACAUUGUCAGCCUUCUGGAAGAUUUGUGGGCCUUUUUUAAAGAAUAAUAUUAACUCUGUUCAGUGUACAAGUACAACACUUCUAUAAAAUAUGUACUUUAUUAUCACAGUGCCCUGCUUUCUCCAUUUUGGCAUGGAUACAUUGUCUUGUGAGUGCUUUGAGCUCCUCUGUUUGGCCUCCUAAAAGCCUUUUUAACUAACGUCCUGUGGUUUUUGACCUCACACAACAAUUACGUGUACAUUGUAAAAGUCGCUUUCUGAAAGUAGCCACACUCACCGGCUGUAUUUGUGGUGAUCAAGUCUCCUGUUAGAAGUAAUACGGCCUUCUAGAUGUGUGUAUGUGUUAUCGAAUAUGUGUAUUUGGAAAAACGUACAGCAAUAUUGUACAGGUCACGUCGUCGUGUCUCUUGGGGUUUGUCUGCCUGACCACUAGUUCACCAGCCGGUGUGUGUGUGUGAGAGUGAGUGUGUGAGAGUGAGUGUGUGUUUGGCUCCUCUGUGUAGUCUAACAAUGGAUCAGUGAGUGAGACUCGCUCCAUUUCAAAGCGUGGUUGGGCGGGUGUGCACACCGUUCACGUUCCAAACAAUCAAUGCUCUUGUAAAGAUGGACUUUGGUGAUUGUUUGGGUCCCGCGCCGUCUUCCGACUUGAUCCAAAUAUAAAACAAGUGAUUGUUUCUCUCUCAUUGUUGGGAAAUAAUAUGUGGGUCGACAAAAAUACUAAAAAAGGCAAUACUUUGAUCAUAGUGUUACAGUGGAACUGUAUACACUUCCGGGAUGAACUAUGAUGCUUUAACUUGAAUGUCUGCUUAUUAAUUAAGACGUAUUUCUGGCCAAUGUCAUUCAUGUACCCAUUUAACAGUCAUAUCCCUUUAAUAAUAGGGAACAAGAAAAAGUGCUCUAUUCCCCCCCCCCCCAAAAAUGCAAACUUAAGGGAUGCUUUUUUCCCCCUCCCCAUUUAGAUUUUCCCCUCUAUUUUUCCAGCCAUUGAUGUUAAUGUAAACAGUGUAAUAUUGAUAUUAUUUUAAAUUAUUGGUAUAAAGUUUCCCCCCUUAUUUUAUGUCAAAGAAAUAAGUGCAUUAUUGCCCUUGUUGCCUGGGUUGUCGAUUUCCAAAAGGUCGGUCCAGGAACAGUUUCAUUUUUUCUAUGAAUUAAAGCAUGGGUGUAUCAACCUAAAUCGAAUAGUUUGUAGCAUCAAACCAACAUGAGCGUUUGUCACUAAUCACCUUUAAUAUGGAUAAAAAAAAAAUAAAAAAAAUGUUUUUACACACACAACAAAGAGAAAUGCUACUGGCCUUUCUUAACCCUUUACUCUAUUGUGAUAUGUCAAUAAGGUGGUCACCCAAAUACGUUUGGGUCUGCGCAGUGUUUUCAUCAUGCCCGUUUCAGCUGGUAAGAGGUGAGCUACCUCUUCGAUAUCAAAGUGAGUUUGGGGAACACCUCUCUAAUGCCUCAGGCGUCCUCCAGUCACUCCCCUGUCAUUCUGCUCGUGUUCCAUUUCCUUUUUUUACACUUUCUGUUGUCUCUCUGGGCUCCACCCUGCCUGCUCCUUACGUUUAUCACUGAUGCGUUGAGUGAGUUUGGAAGGAGUGGCAUUGCGCUGCAUCUCUUAAAACAGUGGAAGGGUAGUGCGUAUUCUCAUAUCUCUUUGAUUGUCUUUGCUGGGUCAUGUUCAGUAGGCAGGAAAUGGAAUGAAACGUUUCGAAACGUUUUGCGACGGUGCGCCCUAAUGAACAUGCCGCUGGUUGAACUGUUUUACGUGUACUCCAGAGAACAGUGGAGGCGUGGGGGAUUGGAGCAGGAGGAGAGGGCGGGUCCAGAGAGCAACUAUAUGGUCAAGGAGAGCAUCAGUGCUCCCCUUCCUCAGGUUUCACUCAACAAGGGGAAGGCAGCUCUCCCCCCUUACAGGGGUGGAAUGUUGUUACAUGGCUUUUUAACAAAAGCUUACCCAGCAAAAUACAAAAUAUUCUCCAACUUGUGUGAUGCUUUUUGAAAAAUACUGUAUACAUACCGGUUUUAAUUUUUCUGUCAGUCCAUGUUGUUUGUUUUGUUCUUCCAAAAGCAGCUGUUGUUUUUUGUUGUUGUAAUGAGCUCUGAACAAUGUGUGUAUGUAUCCUCUAAUAUGCCAAAUGUCUUUUUUACAAGGUAGAUUUCUCAUGCACUGCUAAACGAAACAGGACAGAGCGAGAGGCAGCUUUAAAUAAAUGAAAAGGCGUGUUGGGAGGAGCCUUUUCUCUGUUGCACUCAGCCUUACAUACUCCCCAAGACUAUUGGCUGGCUGCACUAUGAAGUGCUUUUACGCUUCUCUCUUUCUUCCUGUCUCUCCUCUGUCUGUGUACGUACAUUUUGACGUUCCCUCUCAUCCCUUUACACUCUUAGCUCUGUACGCUUGGCUUUGCUGCAGUCCGAUUUCUUACCCUUCCUUUCCUUUCCCCCUCACACGUCCUUUCACACACACUCUGUCUCCGUCUUACUGUCUCUCUCUCUCUCUCUCUCUCUCAGUGUAAUGUUCUAGUAAUGUUAAGCAGAGUGUCAGUCCGUCAGUGUGGUAGUAUACUCAGUGCUUAAAGGGUUGCUGAUGGUAGAAACCUGUGCAGUUUGUAACAUUUUAGCAAUAACGUGAAAACAAGGGGACAGUUUUUUGUUUUGUUUUUUGUACAUAUUGCAGUUCCAGUUCAUGCUCAAAUCCAUGUCAUUAAAAAAAUUACUUGCAAUAUUGGCAUAAAAAAAAUCAAGAAAUAAAAAGUGACAGAAUGAUGUGUGAAA